AUGUUUUACUUAAAGAAAGUUGAAAUACAUAUGCAUACUUGCGCGUACAUAAAUACUCCUAAAAAGAUAGCACUUAAAGUUAAUGCUAACGCUAGGGGAUUCGAACUUAAUCCAACGUUGCAAUUGACCGUUCCAAAUAAGGAGGUCGUCUAA